AUGCCCCUGCUGGGCUUUGGCGUCUACCAGAAUUACAACGCAAAGCCGGCUUGUCUGGAGGCGUUCAAGGCUGGAUAUCGGCAUGUCGAUUCAGCGCAGGUGUACCGGAAUGAAGCGGACGUGGGCGCGGCGGUCAAGGAGAGCGGCUUGGAUCGCGGAGACUUGUUCAUCACGACCAAGUGUGCCAGCAAGACCCAUGGCUAUGAGAGCACACUGAAAGGCGUCGACGAAUCCCUCGCACGCUUCGACUUCAACUACAUCGACCUCUUCCUCAUCCACGACCCCCUCUCGGGCCCGGAGAAGCGCAUGGAGACCUACCGCGCCCUCCUCGAGUCGCAGAAAGCGGGCAAGAUCAGGACCGUCGGCGUCUCGAACUACGGUGUGCGCCAUCUCGAGGAGAUCAAGAACGCCGGACUCCCUAUGCCCGCGGUGAACCAGAUCGAGCUCCACCCCUUCUGCCAACAAAAGCCCAUCGUCUCGUACUGCCGCGAGCACUCUAUCGUCGUCCAGGCCUACUGCCCGAUCAUCCGCGGCAACAUGCGCGACCCAGUUAUCCAGGAGCUCGCGAGCAAACACAACCGCGACCCCGCACAGGUCCUCCUGCGCUGGUCUCUUCAACGCGGCUUCGUCCCGCUGCCCAAGUCCGCGACGCCCGCGCGCAUCCACUCGAACGCGAAGCUGUACGAUUUCGAGUUGUCGAGCGAGGACAUGGGGAAGCUGGACGCGCUCGAUAAGGGUAAGGACGGCGCGAUUAGCUGGAACCCCGUCGACGCGCCUUAG